AUGGCUCCCACAAAAGCCGAGAAGAAACCCGCCGAGAAGAAACCCGCCGCCGAGAAGACUCCCGCCGAGAAGAAACCCAAGGCAGAGAAGAAGAUCUCAAAGGAAGGAGCAUCCGACAAGAAGAAGAAGAGAACCAAGAAGAGCGUUGAAACCUACAAGAUUUACAUCUUCAAGGUUUUGAAGCAGGUUCAUCCCGAUAUUGGUAUUUCAAGCAAGGCUAUGGGAAUCAUGAACAGUUUCAUCAACGAUAUUUUUGAGAAACUCGCUCAAGAAUCGUCUCGUUUGGCUAGGUAUAACAAGAAGCCGACGAUUACUUCUCGGGAAAUUCAAACCGCUGUUAGAUUGGUUCUUCCUGGUGAAUUGGCUAAGCACGCUGUUUCUGAGGGUACCAAGGCCGUUACCAAAUUUACUAGUUCUUGA